UACUUUUUUUUUAUUACUUUAUGUAUUUACAGGAUCAUUUUGAGGAAUCUCAAUUUGAGUCACUAUGCAAAGAUAGAAAAAAACUAAGAAAAACUGCAGUACCAACACUCUUUAGCAUUCCAAAUCCACCACCAUCUGUAACUGACAAGAGGAUAAGAGAAGUAAGAUGUCCUAAGCCAAAUACUGAAGUGGAAACUCUACCUGCUUCAAAUGAAGAGUUGUUAAAAAAAAAUAGAAUUCCUUGAGCAACAGCUUCAAGAAAAAGAUGCAAAAUUGACAUCAUUUUUGUCCGAUGAGCAAGUAGGAGCCCUUGCUGUGCAGUCAAAAAGGAACUGGUCAGAAAAGUCCAUUAUAAAAGGACUGAAGAUGCGAUUUGCUUUGGGCAAACAUGGAUAUAAUUACCUCAGAAGUACUGGAUAUCCAGCACCAUCGUACAGUACCUUGAACAGGAGGAUUAGGGAAAUAAAAAUAAAUUUCGGCAUUUUAGAAAAUUUGUUUUUUUUCCUCAAGACAAAAGUUCAUUCAUUGGAUGCUCUUGAUAGGAACUGCUGCCUUUUAGUUGACGAAAUGGAAAUAGCUUCAUAUCAAGAUUUUGAUACAUCGUCUAAGUCAUUCAUUGGAAAUGUUACGUUAGGAAAACCUGCAGUUGCUAAGCAUUACACUAUUGUAAUGCUUAGAGGCCUUAAAACAUCAUGGAAACAGAUUGUUGCCAAUGAAUUAACAGGGCCUUCAACAUCAGGUUCUGACAUGAAAGAUCUAAUUCAUAGAACUGUAGUAGCAGCUACAGAAAUAGGUUUAACUGUAAGAGCCUCUGUUUCAGAUAUGGGAAGCAAUAACAGAGCAAUGUGGUCGUCAUUGGAUGUAUCUGUCUCUAGGACAGAUAGGAAGACAAAUUACAACAUUGGAGGACCUGAUGUUUUCAUUCACAGUAUUGCAGAUGUACCACAUCUCAUUAAAAACAUGAGAAAUGCAUUUCUUUCAAGUAUUAUAAUAUUACCAGAGGAAUUUCGCCAGCAGCAUGCCUUGCCAUCGAGGAUAGUAUCUUCAGUGUAUGUGAAACGACUCUGGUCAAGUGAGAUAGAAUCAGAUGCUGCCCUGAGAUCUCUACAUCACUUGAACAGAGUUCAUCUCUUCCCAACACACUUUUCCUCGAUGAAUGGUGGCAUCUGCUGUGCAAUUGUUUUCUUUUGGAAAGCAUGGAAGCCAUUUCAAACUGGCAUUAUUAUGAGCACAUUGAGUGUUGUGAAACUCUCAAAAGAAUUAUUUUCCGAGGGGUUUACAUUUUUCUUACCAGGCAGGUUGACACAAGAUGCGCUGGAAAAUGCCUUUUCACAGAUUAGACGAAAGUCGGGUGCAAAGCCUACUGCUUUGCAAGCCAAGAGAGCACUGAAAUUAGUGUGCCUAUCACAGUUCAUUUCAGAUAUCAAUAAUCCAAAUUAUUGUUCUGAAAGUGACCACAGCCUCUUUGAUGCUUCUGAAUUAGAGGUUGCUAUCAGAAAGGAGGUCUUGCAUCCUAUCUCCAAUUCUGUAGUGCCAUCUACCUCUUCUGCAGUGGCAGUGUGA